UGACGCUAAAUUAAUAUUAUAGCAAAUUAAGAACUUUAUGUCUUGAAUUCAGUUCUGAGAUACUAAAUCUUUUACAGUGUAAACACAUAAAUAUCUGACGAUGGAAGUGUUUAAAAGGUCGUUACCUCAACAACAGUGCAAGUGUAACUAAUAAAGCUAUAAUAUCUUGUUUAAAAUGGAGCUUCUAACCCCUCCUCAAUGUAAGUACUGUUUGAAAACGUAUAGCAAACUUAAAGAGCCUAUUUAUACUGUUUGCACAUGCGAAAACAGACCAAAGUUUGCGCAUGGAAGUUGUUUUAGAGAUUGGUUAAAAACUUACAAAUAUGGUGUGUGUGAAAUAUGCUUAGCAAAAAGUAAACUUGUACGGAAUGGAUAUAAAAAUCUUCGCAAGUGGAAUUUACCUCAAAACACAUCUAAAACUGUAUAUUUUCAUCUUGCGUUACUGCUAGUUUGUUUGAUUGCCUUUUUAUGUUUUACUAUAUGGUGGUUGAUAGAACAAUGUUGGCAACCCAGUUGCUUUGUCAGCGAAAUCGUUAUUAUUGUAAUUUUUGCAUUUGUUGGCAUUUCUUUUUUUUGUUUCAAAGAAUCAAGAUUUUUUUUAAUUAAUAUUCGGGUGGAUAACUCUAAUUGGAAAGUGGUUCAAUGUAAAGAAGUAAUUAAACAGAAGAAGAAGAAAAGCAUAAGAAGACUUAGUAGUAUUCCAAGCAUUCGACAUUCAUACAAAAACAGUAUAAACUUUUUUAAAGACGGUGAAAUAUGCUUAAGUUCAAAAGGUACUCCUUAUAGUAUUAUAGACGAAAAACAUAUAGAUAUGGCAAUUGUUUGGACACCACGAGAUUAUCCAAGAGUUAAAAAAGUUGUUGAACACGAGCGCAAAAGAAUUCCUGCAAAUAAUCACAAGAAAGGACUUUACAUUCAAAAAAAUAAAAGAUUAGGCUUUAAUAAAGAUGAAAUAAACGCUAUUCCUCCAAACAUUAGUUGGAAAAACGACUUUUCAUUUAACAUUAAUAAAGAUAACACUAUUUACGCUUGCAAUAAACAAAAAUUAAAGCUCAUUGAAGCGUCCAAUCUUAGUGAUUCGCAAAAUGCAGUUAUGCCUCUUAAGAAUGAUGUCAUAUUUAAGACAAUUGAAAAUGGUUUCAGUUAUAUAAAUGAUCUUGACAAUAAAGACUUUGAAAAAAAUGUUUACUUGAUUGAACCCAGUGUUUACGUAUUUGAAAUAAAUGCUCACGAGUUUAAUACAAGCACUCACGAAUUUAAAAACAAUAUUGAAAAAUCGAGAACAAAUGUUCAAAAACAUGAAAUGUAUGUUCAUGAGCUUGAAACAAGUACAAAUAAUUACACAAAUGAUUUCAAUGAACAAAUUGCAAAUGAUAAUAACAUAUUAUCAUCAAUGACAAUUAUUUGAUAAUAGUUAUUGAAAAAAAAAAAUGUUUAAAAUUUUUAGGAAUUCUAAAGAGUUUUCAUUAAAUAAUCUUUAUCAAACAAAUCAUUGUGAAAUUGCAUUGCUUUUCGCGGACUAUUUUUAUGGAACAAAAUAGUUUCGAACAUUUUUCCUCAGGUUUUAAUUCUGCAACUACCAUUCAUUCAAACGAAAGCUUAAAGAAUUAGGUUUUACAAUUGAUGAUUUAUUAAUAUACUUUAAAUAACCUUUUUUUUAAUUCCCUUUUUUAUCUUCUACAAAUCGAAGAGUUUUUAAAGUAUUUAUGUAAUUAUCAAGAGUUAUAUGUGUACUUAGUAUAUAUGACAGAUCAAUAUAUUUACGACGGAUUUUAAUGUAAAGAAAAAGAAAAAAAUUAUACUA